CUCUGGUCAUUUCAGCGAAGGCAGACUCCGUUUAUAUCGCUGGAAGCACAGUGCCAGGCAGACACACCACACAGAGAACGAGUGAGGAAAAGAAAAAGAGCGAGUGAGACUGAAAGCAACCGCCGAGUUUGCAUUGAUAGCCAAAUUAUUUCCACAUCUUAUUCUCUGUCGAGGUUUAAUUGAGGAUUGUUUCGGGACAUUGCAGCCUAUUUAAGUAGGCUAAACUAUUUGGGUUGUUUAUGCGUGUGCUUUUAGUUGUUUUACUGAGAGAAAACGUUUGCAGUGAGGUUUCAUUCAAUAUGAUCUGAAAAUACCACCAUCGUGAGAACGUUAUAUAUGUCAACAUUUGAAUCGACGUGAUCUUCAACGCAAAGGUUGGCCUUACAUGCGGAGUCAUCUCUGGCGUGAAAUGGGAUAUUUAGGCAUUUUCUGACAACGUCUGUCAAAAACACUUGGAAACUUUUGUCUAUUCAGACUUUCUCACACACUUGGUCGGGAGUGAAUUCGCUUUGCUUUUUUUUUGCUGUCAGCUCUUCCAGAAAUGGUGGGGCACUUACAUUUACAAGCUAUGGAUGAUAGUCUAAAAGGCAAGAAUCGAGAAGGGCUGCUCGACAGUCCGGAUUCAGGACUACCCCCAAGCCCGAGCCCGCCCUUCUACUCGCUUUCCCCCGGGCUUCUCGAGUCACGGUCGGGGAGCUGUACGACGCCCGUGGAGCAACACCAUGGGUUCUAUAGAAAAGAGAGCCGAGAGGGAAAAUUGCUUCCCUACCUGCUGCUGAACUCGCAGGGCACAGAGCUCAAGACGCGCAUGCAGCCUGUGGUCUACGGAGAGAGCAUCGAGGUCAACCCCAAACCUGAGCAGGAAGUGAAGUUCCAUUCUUCCGUGAGGUAUGCGUCGGACCGCCACUACCGUGAGCAACUUUACUGUGCGCCUGUUCCCGUGCCCACCAACUUUCGUGAGACGGUGGUGGUGGCGUCUCCCGACUGCACCUGGCGCCACUACAAGGCCGAGGUUUACCUGCAGCCGCGCCACCGGCCACUGCGCUUCCAGAGCACGGCCAUCGUCUACCCUAAGCACGCCCGCAGCACCUACCGCACCACGCUCAGCCACCAGCCCUCGGGCUCGGGGGGCGGCCGCCGCUGGUUCUCCUCCACUGUGCGCCUGGAGUCCAGUGAGGACCUCAGCCCCUGCAUCAUCUACACAGAGGACCUCUGAGGAGACUGUGGAGUGGAGCGGAGAGUUGUCGGCGCAGCAGGAGCGAUGGAACGACGCGGAAGAGGGCUAACAAACCAAUAAACACCAAGCCAGGAAUCACCAGUGGCAGUCGCACCCACCUUAUGAACUCUUGAUGAGCCUUGUGUGAAGGGAGGCCAGAGGAUUGGGGUGGGGGGCGCUGGGGGACUAAACUUAACUCUUCUUGUGAAGAUAAGGGAUCUAAAUGGACAGAAAGGGUGUGUGCGAUGGGGCAAAUAAGAGGGACAGGCGGACCGGCACCAGAAGGGAGACGUCUGAGACAGAACACUUUAUUUGUCUGCCUGGGUGUUGUAUCUGCCUGGUAGUACAUAGAUUAGCGGAGAGGUUACAGUGUUGCUAAUCUUUUUUUUUCAAUAGGUUUUUCCCGCGUAUUUACUUUGUCUUAUAUAACUGCCUUAAAAAUCCCUCACAGUGCUGAAGUACUCCCUAGGGCACCAUGUCAAAUACAUCCUCAGCCAACAUAGCUGUGGCUGGAAUCCUGCAGACAGAUGUUAUAAGAAGAAUAGUACAUUCUGAAAUGCAUCCUACGUUAUUUUGCGUACUCCCAUAACUUAAUACUCUCUUGGAAAGCCAAUUAUGUUAGCCACAGCUGUCUAACAGCCUGAUUGCACUCAUUGGUGUAUAUAUGUAUAGUUUUGUUCCCUUUUGCUUGCUGGCUUUGCUGGUGUCCAAGCAGGAUGCCAGGCCUGUCGUGAGCACUUGAAAGGUUGGACCAAAGAUUUGACAGUAAGACAGACUGUCAAGCUCUGGGAAGUUUUGGUAUCCACAAGAACAAGACAUUUUAUGUAGGCCCUCAGUGUUGUGGCUCUGUCAUGGUGCUACUGCAGGUCUUCUGCUGGGAAUGCAGGUGUUUGGUCCAGUUCCAACUCACACAUCUUAUCAGUAAGAUUCUUUACAUACGAUUAGGACAGGGUCAGAUUUCAAAACAACAGCAUCCCCAUUUGAAUAAUAAUCUCUCUUAGGGCGUACUCACACUAUGCCAUCCGUACCGUGCCCGAGUAUGUUUGAUCCCCAAAGUCCGGUUUGUUUGACCAGUGUGAUCGCUCCGUACCGUACCCGGGCACGGUAUGCUUAUCCGUGCCUGGUAGAGAUGCACGGUUCGCGGUUGCAGCCACGGACUCCGCGGUUAAACCACGGAUCGGGCGGAUGACGUGAAGAAAUAUAAUAUUUUAAUUAAAUUCGGGCGGGUGGCGGUUGAACCAAUCAAACGCAUCACCCAUAUACAUUAA